AUGUCUACAGAGUUGGAGCUGCCCUUCCGGCUGGACACCCAGCUGACGGAGGUGAUGCGCCUGCGGGUUCAGUCUCUGCAGCAGCGAGGCCAGAAGAGGCAGGAGGGCGAGCGCCUGCUGCAGGCCAACGAAGUGGUGUACCGGCUCGACUUCACCAAGCAGUCCCUCCAGUUCUCGCACUGGAUGGUGCAGCUCGCUCGGCCGGGACGCCUCAUCAUCACCGCCACCUCGCAACUGUGGACGCCCGACCUCACCAACCUGAUGACGCGUCAGCUGCUGGAGCCCGCCGGGGUUUUCUGGAGGGAGCCGACCGACGGCCCCGACGCUCCCGUCCAGUGCUACGACGCCGACGCCACCGAGUUCGGUGAGAGGAUCGCAGAGCUGGCGAAGGUAAGGAAGGUGAUGUACUUUCUGUUCGAGUUCGCAGAAGGCUGCAGCCCCGAGACUGUUGACUGCUCCAUCAACUUCAACGUGGACAACUGAGACUUUAAAAU